AGCAGCCAGUAUGUGGGACACAGCGUGUUGCGCUAAUUGUUUAGUGUCUCAGAGUCUCAUUGGAGAUUUUUGUCUCUAUAUGUGAAUUAACCUUCCUGUCUCCUUCAUUAUACCUCUCUUUUUCCUUUUUCACUCUCUACCUGUCGCUUAUCUGCACUCUUUCCUUCUGCACCUUCAACUCAUUCGUUCUUUCUGGGUCUUUCCCUUCAUCUGUCACUUUGUCUCCGCUCCUUGUCCUACAUCCCAUUAACGCCCCUUCCUUUCUCGGCUGAAACCUGUUACAUUCUUGCCCAUCGUCCUUCUCCUCCUUGUCCUCGCCGUCCUUCCCCCACCAUCCACUCUUGGGCUCAAGGUCUUUUGCAGCAUCCUCCAGGCAUCAUGUCCACCCCGGUGUCCCCUUCCCCCUCCCUCUCGCCACUGACUGUGGCCUCCCCCACGUCUGCAACCUCCCCCCUGCCCUCGCCUCUCUCCCCUCCACCCAGGGUUCCCGUGUUUCAGAGGAAAGGAGCGCUCAAACACAAGAGGAUUGUCGAGGUGAAAGACCAUCAGUUCACAGCACGCUUCUUCAAACAGCCCACCUUCUGCAGCCACUGCACCGACUUCAUAUGGGGCAUCGGGAAGCAGGGGUUCCAGUGUCAAGUUUGCAGUUUUGUUGUCCAUAAAAGAUGUCACGAGUUCGUAACCUUCACGUGUCCCGGAUCGGUGACUGCCCCCAGACCUGAUGACCUGAAGAGUCGACACACGUUUAAGGUCCACACGUACUCCAGUCCCACGUUCUGCGACCACUGUGGCUCGCUGCUGUACGGCCUCUUACACCAGGGCAUGAAAUGCACCAGUUGUGACAUGAACGUCCAUCGGAGGUGCGAGUCCAGCGUUCCCAGCCUCUGCGGUCAGGAUCACACCGAGAAGAGAGGAAGAAUCCAUCUGACCAUCAGAGGAGACAAGGAGGACAUUUAUGUUACAGUGCGGGAGGCUCGCAACCUGAUGCCCAUGGAUCCAAAUGGUUUAUCAGACCCAUACGUCAAACUAAAACUGAUCCCAGACCCAAAGAGCCACAGCAAACAGAAAACCAAGACCAUCCGAUCAACGCUCAAUCCCGUCUGGAAUGAGAGUUUCACCUUCUCAGUACGUGGAAACCAGUGGGACAGGCGUCUGUCGGUGGAAGUGUGGGACUGGGACCGGACCUCCAGGAACGACUUCAUGGGAGCGCUCUCAUUCGGCGUCAGCGAGAUCUUCAGGCGUCCCAUCAGCGGUUGGUUUAAGCUCCUGGCACAGGAUGAAGGAGAGUACUACAACAUUCCUGUACCGGACCCAGACCUGCAGGAACCUCAACCAGAUGUUACAGCAUCCUGUCUGCCCCAGGUCAUACCUAGCCCGGUCCCAGAGCCGUUCCCUGUGGCCCUGUCCCCAGCCCUGGUCCCGUCCUGCGCCACCGUGCACUCUCCAGGUCCUGGCAACGUGAAGUUGAGCAUCCUGGACUUUAACUUCCUCAUGGUGCUGGGCAAAGGCAGCUUUGGAAAGGUGCUGCUGGCAGAGGAGCGAGGCAGCGAGCGUCUGUUCGCCAUUAAGGUGCUGAAAAAAGACGUUCUCUUCCAAGACGAGGACACGGAGAGCGCUCUGGUGGAGAGGAGGGUUCUGGCGCUCCCCUCGCGCCCUCACUUUCUCACAUCGCUCUACUCAGCCUUCCAGACCGAGGACCGUCUGUACUAUGUGAUGGAAUACGUCAACGGUGGAGACCUUAUGUUUCACAUUCAGCAAGUUGGGAAGUUCAAAGAGCCUCACGCAGCGUUUUACGCAGCAGAGAUAGCUGUUGGACUCUUCUUCCUCCACAGCAAAGGCGUCAUCUACAGAGAUCUGAAGCUGGAUAACGUGCUGCUCGACAGUGAGGGCCACAUAAAGAUCGCUGACUUCGGGAUGUGCAGGGAGGGCAUGUUCGAGGGCGACACCACACGCACGUUUUGUGGCACUCCCGACUACAUCGCCCCUGAGAUUGUGGCGUAUCAGCCGUAUAAUAAAGCGGUGGACUGGUGGUCUUAUGGAGUUCUGCUGUAUGAAAUGCUGGCAGGACAGCCACCAUUUGAUGGUAUAGAUGAAGAGGAGCUGUUCCAGUCCAUCAUGGAGCAGAGCGUCUCGUACCCAAAAACUCUCUCUCGUGAAGCUGUAGCUAUCUGCAAAGGACUCCUGACAAAGCACCCGGGCAAGCGUCUGGGUGGAGGAGAGGACGCAGAGCGGGACAUCAAGGAUCAUCUGUUCUUCCACUGGAUCGACUGGGAACGGCUGGAGAGACUGGAGAUCCAGCCGCCGUUCAAACCCAGAACUGGUGGGAAGAAAGGUGAGAACUUCGACAAGUUCUUCACAGCCGCUCCGUCGGUCCUCACUCCGUCCGACCCAGACGUGCUGGCAGUCAUCAACCAGGAGGACUUCCAGGGUUUCUCUUUCCUCAACCCAGAGUUUGCCCCCUCGCCUCUGACAGCCGUCUGAAAACAGACGUCCUCCUCUGAAUGUCUCUUUUGCUUCUAAUUCUAGUUUCAUAGCAGAGAAUUUGAGCACAAGAACUGGCAGCGAGCGUUUCACGUUUAAACAAUUUCUGACGUUUACAUGAAAAUGCCCACAUCGUUUGGUGUCUACACACCCUUUUUAACUUAAAUAUGUGCUAAUUACACACGAGCAUCAACAAUACAA